CGGUGGCGGCGCUCCGCUUUGCCCGCCCUUCGGUGCCGCUCGGCGGGAAAAGCCGGGCUUUGGCGGGCUCGGAGGACGCGCGGCCGGCGGGAGGGGGGGUAGCCGGAGCCCGCCGCGGCCCGCAGGGAACCGCGCGGCUGCCUCUCGCCCGACAUGCCUGCCGAGGGGGAGCUGCCGAGCGGCGACGGCCCCGGCGAGCCGCAGUACCUACGGCAGGUCCGGCACAUCCUGCAGCACGGCCACCGGAAGGAGGACCGCACCGGCACCGGCACCAUCUCCGUCUUCGGCAUGCAGGCGCGGUACAGCCUGAGAGAUCAGUUUCCACUGCUAACAACAAAGAGGGUAUUCUGGAAAGGAGUGCUGGAGGAGCUGCUGUGGUUCAUCAAGGGUUCUACAAAUGCCAAAGAGCUCUCUGCAAAAGGUGUGAAGAUUUGGGAUGCUAAUGGCUCACGUGAGUUCCUGGAUAAGCAGGGUUUCAGCACCAGAGAGGAGGGGGAUUUGGGACCGAUUUAUGGUUUCCAGUGGAGGCAUUUUGGAGCAGAAUACAAAGAUAUGCAUACAGAUUACUCCAAUCAAGGAGUUGAUCAGUUGCAAAAAGUGAUUGAAACAAUCAAAACCAAUCCAGAUGACAGAAGAAUCAUUAUGUGUGCUUGGAAUCCCAAAGAUAUUUCUCUGAUGGCUUUGCCUCCAUGCCAUGCCCUUUGCCAAUUCUAUGUUCUAAAUGGUGAACUGUCUUGCCAACUCUAUCAGAGGUCUGGAGAUAUGGGACUAGGAGUGCCUUUCAAUAUUGCCAGCUAUUCACUGCUCACAUACAUGAUUGCCCAUGUCACAGGGCUAAAGCCUGGAGAGUUCAUACAUACAUUAGGAGAUGCUCACAUAUAUCUGAAUCAUGUGGAACCUCUAAAAGUUCAACUUCAGAGGGAGCCAAGACCUUUCCCCAAACUCAGAAUUCUUCGUAAGGUUGAAGACAUCACUGACUUUAAGGCAGAAGACUUUCAGAUUGAAGACUAUAAUCCUCAUCCACCUAUUAAAAUGGAGAUGGCUGUUUAAUGCUAUAAACCAGCUUCUAUUAAUGUGGAAAUAUACCUAAGCUACUUAGCUUUUGCUGUACUUAAAGUUAUGGGGUAUUUAUAUACUUGAAAUGGUAUAUACUUUAUUACUGAAAAAGAAAUGGAUGGCAAUAGACCAGUAACUGCCUUCAGUACUAAACUGUAGUCUUACAGAACAGAUGAGUAUUUAUUCCUGCUGUACUAUGCAGAUGCUAACCCACUUUUAAGUUGUUACUGAGAUGGUUUUCUACACGUUGUUUCAGUUGCCAGUGGCCACUUCUGUUACCGUUCAGUUACUGUGUGUGAGUAUCACUUCUUUACAUGUUUUAUUUAGUACUGAAAAUAAGAACUUUUAUGUGAUAGAGGGUUUUUUCAAGGUUGUAGAAGUCUUUAAAUAUGCUCUAAAGAGUAUAUGUUUAAUAAAGCUUUUUUUAAAAAAAAGUAUUCUGGAAGGGGUGAUGCAUAUUUAAUUUUAGUAUGCUUGUUUAUAGUUAGUAGUAAAUAAGAGUUGGAAAGCAAAGGUAAAUUCUGUUUUACUUUAGGAUCUUGAAGAGUGAGAUGUAGCAAGGAAAAACAAACGAGCUUCCCAUGGUCUUCACAGAUGAACCAGCAGGAAGGCAAAAGAUCUUAAUAGAGCUUUGUCUGAAAUGCAGUCUCUGCAUAGUAUCUCUGUAUCAGCAUUUCUUUUUUAUUCGCCAGCACUGCACAAAUGAUGAAUUUGAUAUAAAUUAGAGCUGUGGAUGAACAGAGGUUACCAUAUAGUACUAGCAAUAAUCUGUCUUCAUUUAAAACCAGAUCCCACAAGCAUAUGGACUAACUUUGCAGCCUGGAGCAGUGAAAGUUAGAGUUAGUAGUAUUUGUAGGAUUGGAGCUUAUUAAUUAAUCUUAACAGAAUUCAGCUUUCAUCUUGCCUUAUCCUUGCAACUUCUGCAGUAACUUCAGUCUUUAUAAAAUGCCUCUUCAGGAAUUCAGUUGUGAAGAGAUCUGUGGUUAAUAUUCAGACAUAGCAUAUGCGAUACAUAUUUGAGCACAUGGAGAAAUGCCUAGUAAUUUUUAAAUUAUUUUUCAAAGUAAACUGGUAAAUACCAUCGGAAAAUUGUACAAUUUGAGAUAAUUCUAAGAAUUUAAUAAACACUAUGCUUUGAUUCCAUUCAUUCAGGGGCCUGCAUAAGAGGACCACUGCAUCUUAAAUGAAACUGAACGUAACUUUUAAAAGCAUAUUUUGCAUUGAAAUUAUUUUCAAAUUCAUUAUGUUGAUCUUCAUUAUACUGAUCACCGAUCUUCAGACUACAUUUUUUGUAGCACCAUGUCAUGUGCUCAAACAAUAAUUUGUUCCCUUUUUCUAACAUUUAGCCCAACACAACAAAAUUGCAGGAAAAGGAUGUCAUUACCUUUUGUAAGUACAUCAAAUGUAAACAGGCCACUGCUUAUUAAAAAGGUUCUCCUCA